UAUAUGAAGUAAACUGAAGAAAUUUUGCCGGUUGUGUGUUUACAUCUGCCUUUUUAUAUUUCAGGUGGUUUUGAUUAUAAAAAAAUAAAAUAUUUAAUUUUGUUUUUAGAAAGAGUAAAGGACAUAAGCUGAUUGAUUUUCUGAUUCUUCUGUUCUGAAAAUAAGGAUGUCUCUCACAUGUGCUUUAAGUAAUGAAGUUCCUGAACAGCCUGUUGUGUCUCCUGUUUCUGGUAAUAUAUUUGAGAAGAGGCUUAUUGUUAAAUAUAUUCUAGAGAAUGGAACAGAUCCUAUUAAUGGAAAAGAAUUGACAGAAGAUAGUCUUGUUGAAAUUAAAACCCCACCUGCUGUAAAACCUCGACCACCCUCAGCUACUAGUAUACCAGCUAUUCUUAAGACUCUUCAAGAUGAAUGGGAUGCUGUCAUGCUUCAUAGUUUUACAUUGCGACAACAGCUACAAACUGCUCGACAAGAAUUAUCUCAUGCUCUGUAUCAACAUGAUGCUGCCUGUCGUGUAAUUGCCCGUCUAACUAAGGAAGUAACAGCUGCUAGAGAAGCUUUGGCAACUCUUAAACCUCAAGCUGGUAUUGCAGCUGCUCCAGUGGGUGCACAACAGCCGCAAUAUGGUGUGGAAGCAGCUGGUAUUGCUGAUCAACCAAUGGAAGAGGCUGGAAUGACACCAGAAGUUAUUCAAAAACUUCAAGACAAAGCCACACUAUUAACUACUGAAAGAAAGAAGCGCGGUAAAUCUGUUCCUGAAGAUCUUGUGAAGCCAGAACAAAUUCGCCAAUUUCAGACUCUUGCCUCUCACCCAGGCCUUCACAGUGCUAGUGUUCCAGGUAUCUUGGCUAUGGAUGUUUGCCCCACAGACACAAGCAAGAUAUUGACUGGUGGUAAUGAUAAGAAUGCAGCUAUCUUUAAUAAAGAUACUGAACAAGUGAUUACCAUUUUGAAGGGUCACACUAAGAAAGUGACAUCAGUCAUUUUUCAUCCAGAAGAGGACACUGUUAUCACAGCAUCACCCGAUAGCCUUAUCAGAAUUUGGCAUGUUCCAACAUCACAGACAGUGCUGGCAAUUAAAGCCCAUGAAGGUGCUGUUACUGGUUUGAGUCUACAUGCUACUGGUGAUUACCUUUUGAGUACUUCCACUGAUGAACACUGGGCAUUUUCUGAUCUGCGUACUGGCAGAGUUUUGACUAAAGUUGGCGAUACAACGGCAAGUCAGCAUUCUUUGACUACUGCUCAGUUUCACCCUGAUGGAUUGAUUUUUGGAACUGGAACUUCAGAUUCUAUUAUAAAAAUUUGGGAUUUAAAGGAGAGAACAAACGUUGCAAACUUCCCUGGUCAUUCUGGCCCCAUAUCUGCAAUAGCAUUUUCUGAAAAUGGUUACUAUUUAGCCACAUCAGCAGAUGAUUCUGUUGUCAAACUUUGGGAUUUGCGAAAAUUGAAAAACUUCAAAUCAUUGACAUUAGAUGAAAGCUAUGAAGUGAAAUCAUUAUGUUUUGAUCAAAGUGGUACAUACCUUGCAGUGGCUGGAACAGACAUUAGGUAAUUUAUUUUUUUCUUAAUUUUUUUCCUUCACUUGAAUUCUAAAAAUCUGAGUUUUUACUAUUAUGUGGUUAAAUCAAAUUGGAUU